GGCUACUGAUUGUCAACGAAAUCGAUUUAUCGAGAUUUCACUCUAUCUUCAAUAACAAGAAAAACUAAGGUCUUUUCAAAAACAGAAUAUAAAUAAAAAUCAAAUAAAAAGAAAAACUAGGUCAGUUGACUUUUUAAAAAAAAAAGAAUAUAAAUGCAGAUCAUAUAAAAGAAAACGAAAGAAAGUCAGUUGACUUUUCAAAAACAGAACAUAGAUUUUUUUUUGUAAAUGCAGAUCAUAUAAAAAGAAAAACUAGGAUGGUUGACUUUUCAAAAAACAGAAUAUUAAUGCAGAUCUGGUUUUCAUUUUGCAAAAUAGAGGUAAACAAGUGUGCAAAUUUUUACAGAGAAUAAAAACGACAUGAAAUGGCAGCAAAGGGAGACCCAUUACAGUUGGACAGGAAGACAGGGGAUUAUACCACCUGCUUGCCAUGUUCAGAGGCAGAGAGAGUAACAGAGGCCAUUAGAUAUUGUGUGGAAUGUAAAUCACAUCUCUGUGAGCAAUGUCUACAAGAUCACAACAAGUUUGCCUCACUACGUAAACAUCAUACAGUGGACAAAUCAGAAAUUGCUGACCAUCUGGAAGAGACUGAUCAAUCUAAAGCAAACACUGAAAUUGAAUGUGGCAGCCACUAUGGACAAUACAUUGACACUUAUUGCAAGGACCAUGAUGAGGUGUGUUGUAGCAUUUGUGUGACCAUAAAACACAGGUCCUGUAAACAAACAGAAAAGAUACUGCAGGUAGCAAAAGGGAUAAAGAAAAGCAAGGAAAUCAGUGACACUAAACUAUCUUUAGAACAAUUUCUUGCGUAUGUUAAUCAGGAAAAAGUGGAUCGAAAUAAAAACUUAACAAGUCUUGAUGAAGAAAAGACUCAGAUCCUGUCAGAUAUUGAUAAAUUUGAAGAGAAUAUAAUAAAAAGAACUAGAGAGAUUGCUGAAACAUCUAGAGAAAAUAUCAGAGAUGCUCAUGCAAAACAUGUAAAUGCAGUAAAGUCUGAUGUCAAAGAGUUAGACACGGUUAUGUCAGGUCUGAAAGAAUGUUUGAAUAAACUAAACAAAACAAACAUAAACAAAGUUGAGGCUUUUGUAGGUAUAAAGAACUGUCAGAAGACAUUAGCUGAGAUGAAAAAGGUUGUGAACGAUCUUUCAGACAAAUGGCUGCAGACAGAACUUUGUUAUGAAUUCAACAAUAAAAUGAUACACAAAAACACAGCUUUUGGGAAUGUUAUUGAAGAAGAGAAAAAAGACACAGUCUGCCGUCUAACAUGCAAAAGGGAAGUUAACAUUAGACACAAAAUGGACAUCAGCACAUGUACAAUAAAUGGAAUCUGCCAGCUAGCUGAUGGGACCUAUGUAAUUAUUGACAGUAGUAAUGCUAACAUUAAGAAGCUAACUGACAACUUGGAAUCAACAGAUUUUAUAAAGCUGGAUGGCAACCCGAGGUCUAUUUGUGUUACUGGACCAAAAGAAGCGGCGGUUACACUACCAGAAAAGAAUUUGAUACAGCUUGUAGAAAUUGAUGAAAGUUUGUCAUUAGGUACUUCAUUUUCCACUGCUCCAGGACACUGCACUGCAAUCAAUUAUGAUUCCAGAGAGGAGAAAUUCUAUGUUUGCUGUACACAUGUCAUAGAAGAUAAAAAACCUGAAAAAAGAUAUUGCACUAUUUCUGUCUACAGUAAGAAUGGCAAACAAUUGACAACAUUCAAAAAAGACAUUGAAGGACAAACAAUUUGUAUUGAACCACAACAAAUAUUCUUAGAAACAGAAAGAAUUCUGGUUUUGGAUAAAGACCUAAAGGUAUUGAUCUUAAGAAAGACAGCUGGGGCUCAGCUGGAACUAGCUGAGGGUCAAUAUCUGUCAAGAUUCAGUUAUCAAAUGAACUGGUAUUCAAGACAAAAUUGUUUAUGUCUUUUGUCAAAAAAUGUCAUGCUUUCUGUUUCUGGAUAUCGGUCUAAGGGCAUGUCUCUAAAUUCGAUGGAUGGAACAAAAAUAAAAUCUCUUCAAAUGGAAACUUCUUCAACAAUACUGACAGCAGUUUUCAACAAGCAGAGGUCUACACUGCUAGUUGCUGGAGAGUCCGAUGAAAUCAAAGAAUACAAAGUGCCUAUAAAGAUCCUUAAACUACUGGAGUGACAACACGGCAAGACAUAAUGAAACAUUUUUGGAAUGUCAGAACAAUCUUUGAUGUCUCUUGAAAGGCUGAUUUACCAUGAAUCUGGAUUUUGCUUCUUGUACAGGGUUUAUUUAAAUUUCUUACAGAAGUUAAUUUCCUCGGAAAAUAUUGUUCUUUAAAAGAAGGUAUAAACUUUUCAGAGUGUACUUUAUAGAGAUUACAACAUAUAUUCUG